AUGGCACCCCCUAUUGCAACCGAUCUAGCCAGCUCCGUCAGCGCCCAGGCCCAUGACCUGCACCGGACUGCUCGCGCCGAAAAGGCGAAAGUCAAGAUGACUAUGCUUGAAAUGCCCGUCUUUGCAGAUAAGGUCGAGGAGCGCGAGUAUCUGAAGGGUCGACUCGCCGCCGCGUUCCGCAUUUUUGGCAAAUUUGGCUAUGAUGAAGGUGUUGCUGGACAUAUCACCCUUCGGGAUCCUGUGGAACCAACGACAUUCUGGGUGAACCCGUUUGGCACCGCUUUCUCGCUGAUGAGAGCUUCCGACCUCAUCCGGGUUGAUCACCUCGGCAAGGUGAUUGAUGGCGGAGAGAACCGUAUGCUCAACGCGGCGGCGUUCAUGAUUCAUUCGGCUAUCCAUGAAGCUCGGCCUGAUGUCAUCUGUGCGGCUCAUACGCACAGUCUUUAUGGGCGGGCAUUUUGCUCGUUGGGUAGACCACUUGAUAUUAUAUCGCAGGAUUCCUGCGCUUUCUAUAACGAUCAUGUGAUUUAUACCCAGUUCAAUGGAGUUGUGCUGGAAGAGGAUGAAGGUAUACGGAUCGCCGAGACUCUAGGAAACAAGAAGGCGGCUCUUUUGCAGAACCACGGUCUGCUGACAGUCGGCGGGUCGGUUGAGGAAACCGUCUUCUGGUUUGUUAGUCUGGAAAAGUCCUGCCAGGUACAGCUAUUGGCAGACGCGGCGGCUGCAGGCCGGGGUGGAGCAACGGUUAAAAUUGACGAUGCCGACGCGGCCCUGACAUACAAAACAGUGGGGACUCCGAAAGCCGGGUGGUUCAGUGCGAAGCCAUUAUUUGACGUGAUCCACCGAGAUACCAGGGGUGAGUACUUGGAGUAG